AUGCGGGACGAAGAGCCCCCGAUGCCACCCCCCUCUCCGACACCGCCGUCGCGCCUCCGACGCACGCUUCACACGCUACGUUCGCCGUUCCGGUCCGGCUCGCCCUUCCACAUCGGAUCGCUCAAGCGCUCUGGCUCUGGCAAGUCCUCCGCCUCAGACGGCGAGAUCGUCCGCGACGAACGCACGAUGCGCAAACGAAACAAGAAACAUCGCGAUGCGGCCAGCGAAGCUUCUCGAAGUACCGAUAGUUCACCGAGUGUUGACAAAAAAAAGAAAGAUAGCGCCGGAGGCAGUUUGCUUCGCCGCAUGGGUAGCAUUGGGAGGAAAAAACCGGAAGGAACUCGCGUUCCUACACCCCCACCACAAACAGAAACUGCGGAGUCAUCAUUAGAAAAAGCUCCCACUCCACCACUUGCGGAAUUAGAGGUGGUAACUCCAGAACCGCCCGUUAGUCCGAUCGCAGUCGAACAUCCAGUCGCUACGCGACCUUUCACUAAAGCGGCCUGGAAGCGCAAAUCGAGUGAACCCGAAAUGGAAAAGCCCAUAGAGCCAGUCGAAGAGCCGAGUCCUGAUAGCGCUUUGCGACGACGAAUAGCGUUCGUCGCGCAGGCGUCUGCUUGCCUCUCGGAAGAUCACGAUGACGGGGAGGAGAGGGGGGAGCAGGAAGUGGGGUCGCUCGAGGAGGCGGUGGCGCUGGCGCGUGUAAAACUCGGCGUUGCGGCGCGCACGCCCUCUCCAGCACAUUCACGCGACGACGUCGACACUGAAGAGGAGGGAUACGCGGACGCGAUGCCAGCCUACGGAGACCUCAUCGAGCCCGACAGCAAGCCGGAGCCAGGCAGCGACGGCGCUGCGGCUGCGGCUGCGGCCCCGUCACACGCAUCCCCGAGUGCAGAGCGUCGGGAGCAUCUGUACAAGAUUCUGGUCAUAGGUGAACUGGGCACGGGAAAAACUUCUAUAAUCAAACGAUAUGUGCACCAGUUCUUCAGCCAACACUACCGUGCCACCAUUGGUGUGGACUUCGCACUCAAAGUUCUCAACUGGGACGCCAAUACGAUCAUUCGGCUCCAAUUAUGGGAUAUUGCAGGUCAAGAACGUUUCGGAAAUAUGACCCGUGUGUACUACAAGGAGGCAGUUGGUGCAUUUAUUGUGUUCGACGUGUCCAGGGUAGCAACCUUUGAUGCUGUGGUCAAGUGGAAAAACGAUCUCGAUACGAAGGUCCAACUGCCUGAUGGGUCGCCUAUACCUUGCAUACUUUUGGCUAAUAAGUGCGAUCAACAAAAGGAAGGUUUAGUUAACUCGCCAGCCAAGAUGGACGAGUAUUGCAGGGAGAAAGGUUUCGCUGGCUGGUUCGAAACUUCAGCGAAGGAAAAUAUCAACAUCGAGGAGGCAGCGCGCUCAUUAGUUAAUAAGAUUCUUCUAAACGACAAACUACUUCAAAGCAACGACGGUAAGGACGCCGAGAAAUUCGCGCUGGAUCACAAGAUUGCAAAUGGCGAAAAUUCACGUGAUGGCGGAAGUAAAUCUUGCGCUUGCUGACCAAUCAAAGUUCGUCACUCACAAAGGCCGAAGAUCGCGUUGAACAAGCAGCGUUCGUUAUUUGCUGCUAACAACGAAUUACUGUUGAUUCUAAUUUUGAAAUCUUGUUAACUCUCUACUUUUUUCAGACAGUUUGCAACUAAAGUGACAUUACAAAGUGCCUAUUGUCGUCGAAUUUAAUAUUAUUGUUUACGUAGAUUAAAUAAUGACUAUAAUGUUUAAGUUCAUGAAAAGUUGAUAUAUUUUAUAUAUGUAGACUUGUAAGGGAGUUGUUUAGUGCCAUCUGGCUAUUGUCAUUUAUUAUACGUAACGUUAGUGUAUGGUACUGGUUUAUUAAGUAUUACUUAUUGUAUGCGCGUGUGAUAGAUGUUACUAUAAAAGUAAUAAAAAUAUUU